UUUUCCAAAACCAAAACCCUUCUUCUUUCUCCCUCUCUGAGCGAACAAACUUCCGUUGCCACCAAUGCCUCAACCAAAAGCAACGCGGUUCCUCCUCCUCCUGUCCCGCCGCACCCCAACCCGGAACCGUCCUCCUCCUCCCAACCACCACCGCCAGCACCUCCGAACCAUCUUUGAUGGCACAUUCAAGCCCGUCCGCGAUCGCGGCCUGGAUCACGCGGUGGAGCGCGAGAAAAACCUCAAACCCUUACUCUCCCUCAAAACCCUCAUCAAACGCGAACCCUCCAAAUCCCUCCCUCUAUCACUCAUCAAAAGCACCCUCCAAUUUCCCUUCCGCCCCAUCGAAUUCAUCCGCAAGUACCCCUCCGUCUUCGAAGAGUUCCUCCCCACUCCCACCCUCCUCCAACCCCACAUUCGCCUCACACCGGAAACCCUCCGCCUCGACGCCGAGGAGCAGCUCGUCUACCAAUCACACCAGUUCAAACACCAAUCAGCUGACAGGCUCUUGAAACUCUUGAUGAUUGCGAGAAUUCACAAAAUCCCACUGCCACUCAUUGAGCACUUGCGUUGGGACCUUGGCCUACCGGAUGACUACACCGAGACGGUUGUACCGGAGUUUCCGGACUGCUUUCGAGUUGCAGACGGGUUCCUGGAACUCGUCUGCUGGAGCCACGACCUGGCGGUUCCGAUUCUCCAGAACCGAAACAAGAAAGAUGAAUUUGAUGGCCAAUUGGUGUUUCCCGUGCAGUUUUCUACUGGUUUUGAGAUGGAUAAGAAGUAUGAGAAGUGGUUGAGGGAGUGGCAGAGGUUGCCUUAUGUGUCUCCUUAUGAGAAUGUGUCUCAUUUGUCACCUACCAGUGAUGAGUCUGAUAGGUGGGUUGUGGGUGUGUUGCAUGAAAUUCUUCAUGUUUUUGUUGGGAAGAAAAUUGAGAAGGAUAGUUUGUUGGAGUUUGGAGAGUGGUUGGGGUUGAGGUCGAGGUUUAAGAGGGCGUUGUCUCAGCAUCCGGGGAUUUUCUAUGUGUCUAGUAAGGUUGGGACCUAUACUGUUGUUUUGAGAGAGGGGUACAAGAGGGGUGCGCUGAUUGAGGAUCAUCCGGUUAUGAAUUUGAGGAAUCAGUAUGUUCAUCUGAUGAAUAGUGUCAGUGAAGAAGGGAAAGUGGGUAAGGUGGUUCAAGGAAAGGGUGGUGUGCAUGAGGCAGAGGCUAAAGCCGUUGAAGUGGGUGAAGGAGGGGGUGAGGGUGAUGAGGAAAGUGUGGGGGAGCAUGAAGAAGAGGCAUGUGAAAUUGAGGAUGCCAGUGAAACCGAUGUUGAUGAUGAUGAUGAUGAAAGGAGGUCUUGGAGAGGUAGUCAGAAAAUUGCUCCUGGUAGAAGGGAGAGGGACUACGGGAAAGUAAAGUUAGAUGUUGACAAGCCUUUGAGGGAUUCUAGGAGGGAAAGAUUGAAUCUUAGAGAUUCUGGGAGGGAACGAUCUCCUUUGAGAGAUUCUGGGAGGGAAAGAUCACGUUUGAGAGAUUCUGGGAGGGAAAGAUCGCCUUUCAGAGAUUGUGGAAGGGAAAGAUCACCUUUCAGAGACACUCAAAUGGAACGAUCAGCUUUCAGAAAUUCUGGAAGGGAAAGGUCGCCUCGGGGCGAUUCUCGAAGUGAAAGGUCACCUUUGAGAGAUUCUGGAAGGGAAAGGUCGCCUCGGAGCGAUUCUCGAAGGGAAAGGUCACCUUUGAGAGAUUCUGGGAGGGAAGGGUCGCCUCUGAGCAAUUCUCGAAGGGAACGAAUACCUUUGAGAGAUUCUGGGAGUGAAAGGUCGCCUAUGAGAGAUUCUCGAAGGGAAAGAUCAACUGGGAAGCAUACACAGAAAACCGGGGAGAAGAAUUCGUUAGAAGUUUCUGAAAGAAGACCAGUGCGAGGUGGGCAUGUAAAGAAGUUGAGAACCCACAAGAGAGAUCAAGAUCCUCUAAAAGCAGCAGAAGGUCAUUAACCAGCAAGAAAACCCCCUGUUUUCUAAGGAUUCAAUUUUGUCUGUGGCAACUUACAUAUUUUGGGAGAAAGAUGUUUAUCAGAGAGAUUACAGAAAAGGGACAGUAAAUAUUUUUUCAGUAUAUAAGCAGUUAGACAUUCAACAGUUUAAGGAUGUUCAGUGAGUUACAAAGGGAUAAUCUCUUCAUUUUAGUCGCCAGUUGUUCUGGAGGUGCAAGUAUCCUUUAUGGAGAAUUCUAUUCUGCCCUUGUACACACCCUACCAUUUUUUUUUACUCUGGUUAACUACAAUCAAGAAAAGAAUGUACUUGAAAGAUUCUUGGAGACUCUAUGCAAUAGAAUCUGCAUCCUCAUUCACU